AUGGAUCACACACUGAAGUGGGGAACACUCCCACCCAAGCGCCCAUACCUCAAGCUCUUUCAGCUCUUGGUGCUGGCUGGUCUUUUUUACUUCUGUUCAGGCGUUAUCCAGGUGACCAAAACAGUGAAAGAAGCAGCAAUGCUAUCCUGUGAUUACAACAUAUCCACUGAAGAACUGAAGAGAGUUCGCAUCUACUGGCAAAAGGAUAAUGAAAUGGUGCUGGCUGUCAUGUCUGGAAAGGUGAAGGUGUGGCCCAGGUACGAGAACCGCACCAUCACUGACGUCACCAAUAACCUCUGCAUUGUGAUCCUGGCUCUGCGCCUGUCGGACAAUGGCACCUACACCUGUGUUAUUCAGAAGCCUGAGAAAGGGUCUUACAAACUGAAGCACCUGACUUCGGUGAAGUUAAUGGUCAGAGCUGACUUCCCUGUCCCUAGUAUAACUGAUCUUGGAAAUCCAUCUCCUAACAUCAAAAGGAUCAUUUGCUCAACCUCUGGAGGUUUUCCAAAGCCUCACCUUUCCUGGCUGGAAAAUGGAGAAGAAUUAAAUUCUACCAAUACAGCACUUUCCCAGGAUCCUGAAACUGAGCUCUACACGAUUAGCAGUGAACUGGAUUUCAAUAUGACAAGCAACCACAGCUUCGUGUGUCUUGUCAAGUAUGGAGGCUUAACAGUGUCACAGACCUUCAACUGGCAAAAAUCAGCCAAACCAGCCCCUUCUGCUAAUCAGCUCCUGCUCUGGGCCAUUAUUAUCUCAGUCUCAGCAUGUGGGAUUUCUGUGAUCGUUGCAGUAACACUAACAUACCUGUCCUGCAGACAUGCUGCAAGAUGGAGAGAGAGAAGGAGGAAUAAGGAGAGCAUGGAAAUGGAAAGGAUCUCCCCAUCUACAUAG